AUGGAAAUCUCGUGGCAAGGCGAGGAGACGGCUUCUGAAUCUGUUGCCGGAAAUGAUGAGUCUCCCGCUUCCAAUGACUGGCUGCCGGAUACAGCCGAACAACAUGCAACCUUACUCACUUCCUCGCUGUUGGAAUUUGCUUAUAAUGUCAAGGCUGCUGAGCAUCUCAACCAUGUACGGGGCACUAAUAGAUUCCACCGUGAAUCACCAGAAGCAAGAGCGCUUGGAGCUGUCAUGUAUCAAGGGGCGAGCACAGUCCUGGCUUCCCACGGCAUCAUUGCAGACUGCGUACACGAAGAGGACUGGAGACAAUUGAGGCAACAGUACCUUGCUGGUGUGGAUAACCUGGGACUUCAGGCAUUUAAUGAGAGCCUAUCACAUCAAGAUAACUCUAGACGAGGCAGGCCGACUAGCGAGGAUAAUAAGGUGUUGGUACGCCAUCCUUCACGUCCUCGACAGGAGUUUCUUAGUGUUCUAAGCUCCAAGUAUCUCCCGGGCCAGCUCGUCGACACUAAUCAAUAUCGAGGGAUGAUGGAUGCUAUGACUCGAAGCCUGGUCGUCCCUUCGCCAGACGCCAGCAUGCAAUUGUCUCUCCCCCCAGCAGCCGCUGGGUGCAGUAGAUACAAGGCCGAGUUUUGUGAGCUGAAAAGACUGGGCAAAGGAGGAUUCGGGACUGUUUACCAUGUCAAAAACUUCGUCGACAACCAGGACUACGCCGUGAAAAAGAUCCCGCUAGAUCCUAGACGCAUGAAACAGUGGCAGACAAGUGGAGCGAAGGAGGUUGAAGCUCUUUUGAAGGAGAUUCGAACAUUGGCACGACUUGAGCACGCGAAUAUCGUUCGAUAUUACUCUGCAUGGAUCGAAGGCGCUGAUGAAUCCACAAACACCCCCACUGCAGUCCGGAGACCUCAUCAGCUGUAUCUUAAGGACAAUGCUGCUUCAACAUACGUAUCAAAUCUUGGAAAUGAUAAGCGGCAGGAUGAGGAUAAUACUGAUAUUGUAUUCACGAAAGAUAGUCCUCGGGACUGUCCAGAUAUGCGAAACGGAGCGUUUGACGAUUCAAUGGGCAUUGUCUUUAGUAGGGACAGUGGAACUUUGAGUCAGUAUACUCCAUCUGAACAACAGUUGCCUGCCCAACAGUCCCAACAUCAGUCCAGGUCGCACGAUCAUGAUUGCCGUCCACCGUCAACGAGCAAUGAGACAGAUAUUUUCACUGAUGGUAAUUGCGAAGCGCGGUCUAGCAAAUCCAAGAAAAACGAUGAGUUGGGACAAAUGAAAAUGGUGCUGCAUAUACAGAUGUCUUUACAUCCACUCAGCCUCUCCACCUACCUCGCACAUUCAGAAACGUCAUCCUGUCCAAGUCCUCCUCGACACUGCUUUCACCUGAAACCUUCCUUGCGUGUAAUCCGUGCCAUACUCUCUGGAGUCGAAAAUUUGCAUUCGCAAGGUAUUAUCCAUCGAGACAUCAAGCCUGGCAACAUCUUCCUGUCCGAGCAUAACGAGUACGACCAACGUCCAGGUUGCGUGGAGGUCAGCUGCACCGAUUGCGAACAAUCACAGACCAAGCGAUACCUCAAUCCUCGGCUGGGGGAUUUUGGGCUCGUCGCUGACAUCAGUCGUCUAAGUGAUGAAGAAAGUGUGCCGACUUCCAAACACACCUCGAAAGCGGUCGGGACAGAAUUCUACCGUCCUCCCACCAUAGCUGCCCGUCAAGACUACAGCCAUGCUAUUGAUGAAAAAAUCGACGUCUUCGCUCUCGGCAUCCUGCUAUUCGAGUUGCUUUGGAGAAUGAACACUAAAAUGGAGCGCCACAUGCUGCUAACCGACCUCGCCAAGAAAGCAACCCUGCCACCACACUUUGCAAAGAAGAUCGAUCCUCGUGGUGAAUCUUGUCGGAUUAAGAAUCAAGUACACGACAGAGCUGAAUUCGAUACAGUGGGCGACUGCGUGGAAGACUGCAUCCGUAACAUGGUUGCCACCUCGCCGGCUGAACGGUGGGGUUGUGCGCGGGUGCGCGAACGGCUUGACGAGUUAAUCGAGGUGAUGGAAUGA